AUGUCAGCUUUUGACGAGGACGAGGCGAAGAAGGGGCAGUUAGGAUGGGUUCACAUUAAGGUGAGAGGAGAGCACCAUUCCCUUACCGGGGGCAGGCCAACCAAUGAAGAGCUGGCUUACGGAGCGACGGGGGGUCAUGCUAAGAUAAUAUACGAGAGCGUACAACAUACGCAUGCGUUGCUGGCCGGCACCUUUACACAAUUCUUAGACCAGGCUAGGUCGCUACAACUGAGUUGGGCAUCGGGCCUAGAUGCACUAGCGUCGCCCAGAUGUAGAAACUCUGUUACUAGGGAAAUUAUUCAGCACACCCCUGCUUCUCUCAUCCCCCAUAUAGAUCAAGAGGACACUGUACGAUGGAAUCUCAGUGCCAAUGGUCAGUUUUCAAUUCAAUCUGCGUGGAAUGCUAUUAGGAGGCAGCGUCCUCAUGUUAGUUGGGUGAAGGUGGUGUGGUUUAAACAUGCUGUUCCAAGAUGGGCUAUCAUCCAGUGGUUGGCAAUUCUGGGCAGGCUCUCCACUUUGGAUAGGGUUCAGAAAUGGGGAAUUGUAGCGAGUGCUCAGUGUGUUCUCUGUUCAACUACAUUGGAAACCUGUGAGCAUCUCUUCUUCCAUUUUUCUUACUCUUCUCAGCUUUGGCAGAAUAUUCAAAGGAGGAACAGGUCUCUUUAUCCUCUUCUUGAUAUGGCUCACAUCAUUGAUUGGUUGCAAAAACAUGCUUCUGGAUCCUUGUUUGGUGGUUUACUAUCUAAACUCUCUUUUGCUGCCUUACUAUACUAUGUGUGGGGAGAGACGAACAUGAGGAUCUUUCAACACCAUAGUGGUAGUUUGCUGCAGUUGGAAGCCCAAAUUUCUACUGACAUUAGAGCUUGUGCUAGUUCAUGGAGAGGCAUUAAGAAGACUGAUGUGAAUUUGGCUUUAUGUGCUGUUUGGAAUAUUCCUCACAGGGUCUUUGAUAGGGCCUGA